GAGUUUCAAUAAAAAAGAAGAAGAAUGAAUGUCAUUUAAAAAAUUUUCAAAAUAGUUUACAAAAACAGAUUAAUAAUUAGAUUAAAAUACUGAAUAUUACAAUAUGUAAAUAAAUUUAUUUAUAAAAUUACAAAAUGAUAAAUAUAGCAAGAGUACCUGUUUUAGUAGGUAACUUUAGAAGAUCUAGUCGUACUUAUCCAAUAUUAACGCAAUCAUGGAAUAUAACCAACUCUCUAAGUCAUAAUUUAGUUAGAUUCAAUCACAAGAAACCUUUUAAAAGAGAUGAAGCGAAAAGAUUACAUUUUUUUGUGGUUUUGAAAUACGUACAGUAUGUAAAAAAUAUCGGCAGGGUAUUAGAAAAAAAAUUUCCGAAAGCAUUAGCCACUUAUAGACAGUUCGUUGAAGGUACCAAAGAAUUUAUUAAAGACACUAAAGAAUAUCUCAGAGUAGUUAGAUACCUUUAUAAUCCUGAAAAGAAUUUCAACAAUUUAUUAAGGAGAGAAAUCGAACUUUAUUACCAAUUACCGAAAGAUAUGAAAAGAAUCGGUCCGAUUUUGGUGUUGUUCAUGCUACCGGUUGUCCCAUAUAUAUCCCUACCAAUAUUAUACUUGUUCCCAAGGCAAUUAUUAUGUUCACACUUCUGGAGCUUACAACAAAAGGCCGAUUUCCAAAUUUUGAAUCUAAGGGACAGACUCGUUCACAACAGGCCCGUAUUUAGGCAUUUACAAACCCAAAUGGAUUUUUUAAAACCCCAUCAUUUGUAUGAACCUUGGAAAUCUGUGAUAGCAAACAUAGGAAGUGGACAACAUCCUUCUGUUGAAAAUAUUGUAGUUUGUAAGACUUUAUUUGCUCAAGAGCCGUACUGUCUACUUUAUUUAAGCAGGAAUCACGUGAAGCAUCUGUUGAAGAUGCACGGUAUGAGAAGUGGAUUUUUCUUCAGAAGGAGGCGGUUGGCAUAUAGGGCCUUUAUUUUGAGAGAAUUGGAUAAGGCUAUUAAAAGAGAAGGGGGCGUUAAUAAUCUGCCGCUUGACGCCCUUAAAAGGGCGUGUUUCAUGAGAGGUUUGAAUCCAACGAAUUUAAGUAACGAAGAAAUGAUUAAAUGGUUGGGCGAUUGGAUAAAAUUGACCGAUUCUGUAGACAAAGAUUCUUAUUCUUUAUUACUACAUGCCCCAAUUUUAUUAGCUUAUAAUGCCCCAUCAAAUUGGAAACUCAUUUAUAAAGAUAAAUAGAAUUUAUAAAACAAAUAACUACUCGUCUGUGAUUAUUAGAUGUAUAACAACAAAAUAAAUGACAAAUAUUUUUUUAAAAAGUUGGUUCUUCAAGUAAAAAUUGAUAUUUGACAUUAUUGAUGGUCAAUAACAUGUUCCCAAGAUAUAAUUUUGUUGUUUUACCGGUUAUAUUUUCAUUUACACCUUGUAUAAGAAUGCUUUUAUUUCAAUAACAAAUAUUUUUAUAAACUACAUCCGGCAACACAGCAUAUCUGUAUAAGAUUUACAACUAACUUCACGUAUAUUUGAACACGCUUCACAUAACAGGGUUGCCAAGCAUUCAUUCAAAUUGUUUUUAUUGAAAUUAAUUAAUUUUUUAAUAUAAUAAAAACGAAAUGCCAUUUUUUCAACGUCAUUUAGAAAUUAAAUAUUCUGUUAGUUUUGUUUGCAUUUUUAUUUAUAAUGAAGUUUUUAUUUUUAAAAAAAUGUUUUGUAAUACUAAUUACUCGUUGUUCCAAAGAAUUUUUGUCAUUUAGUUAAAGAAAAGUUAUCAAUAAGUCUGACAACACUGCCAUAACUUCGUAAUAUAUUGGUGGCAACUUAUAAUAGUGGUUUUACGUUGAAAAAUGUGACUUUUCUUUUUGUUGACAAAAUUAUAUAUGAAUUUAGUAUUAUUUUAAUAAAAUUACCUAUAAAUUGUAGAUUGUUUUCAAUUUAAAUGUUUGUUAAUUGCUUUUAAAAUUCGAAAUAUAUUUUGCUCCACUUA